UCUGUUUGUGCAUGUUGUCAAGUGGGGAUCUUUAUUGUAUUCAUUUAUGUUUCUCAUUUGCUCCGUUGCUUUUAAAGCUUUUCCAAAUUGAGCUACAGGAUCGGGAUCUACACCAGCAUGAGCCACUUUCUUUUUUUCUGUUUCUGUUUGAGUGCUGGACUCACAGACUCAUCUGGUCCUAGGAUGCUGAACAAGCGUCUGGACUGCAACCAGCCAGGCCUUAACAACUGCACAAUUAAUAACUGCUCAGAUGAACAGAAAGUACCUAAUACAGAAGCUCCUACCGGCCCAGAUUCGGUGGAUGUGACACUCUGGAAGGGCAAACAUGAGCUUGUUCCUGUUUUGAAUGUGACGUGGAAAAUAAAUAUUGACUCAUCCAUAUGGGCACUUAAGGGAUCUCAAAUUAAUAUUGUGGAUCAAACUACAAAUCACAGUCUGUGUGUGCAAUUUAGUUACUCAUUUAAACACAGUACAACAUUGCACAACCAAAACCAUAAGUGGACAUUUUCUUUGGAUGAAGUUGAGGUAGAGUUUCGCCAUACAUACAUGGUGACUGUUUUUAACUUGCCAGAACCUGAGAAUGGAGAUAACAGGAAAAGGACGUCAAUUGCCAUUCCAGGAUGUGAUGAUAAAAGAAUCCAGCAGGUCCGAAUGUGUCUGGAAAACGGCAGCCUGUGGGAUCCUAGCAUGCAGACUCAAGUGUUGACGAAUGGUAACAUCAAAUUGUUGUCCAUUGUUGUAACAUUUAAGGCUUCACAGUAUUCAGAGAAAUACAGAGUUUCCAUCCUGAACAGUGGCAUCCUUUGCUCAAAGAAUGUCUCAAAGGAAAAUGCAACGACUGUGAACGUGACAUUUGAGUUUGAGCGGUGGCAACUCAGGCAAUGUGAAAUAUCAGUAAUGGUCCAACCAUUUUUUAGGCAAUGCCAAAAUACUUGUUCGAGCCCCAACAAAACAAUUGAUUACUGCCAGUAUUAUCCAACAAGGACUUAUCUUAUAAAGGCGGCCAUUGGACUGCUGUUAAUUAGUAUUUGUCUGGCUUAUUUACUCUGGAGAGCAUCUCAUAAAGAUCCUUUGAACACAUCUUCACCCACUGCCAGAGACCAACCACAAGUUUUGCAAGUCAAAGAGAGAAAGAGUGUCCUCAUCAUCCACUCCCUCGAUCACCCUUUAUACAAAAAUAUUGUUCUCAAGCUUUGUGCCUUCCUGAUGAACAAAUGUGGUACGGAGGUGGUCCUGGAUUUGCUGGAUUCUAGUAGACUGGGAGUGCUUGGAAAGAUCCAGUGGUUGGACUGGCACAAAGAGCAAAUUGAGAAAUCCUCUGCUAAGAUACUAAUCCUGUGCUCACGAGGUGUACAAGCCAAGUGGAGAGCCAUGUGUGGUGACAAACAGGUUUUCAUGAGAGAAGACGCUUGUUCAUCUGUAGGUGACAUGCUCACACCGUCCCUCAGCCUCUUGGUUCCUCAUUUUAUCCGAUCUGCAUCGUUCAAAAAGUACAUUGUGGCUUACUUUGAUGGCAUUUCUUCAGAAGAAGACGUUCCUUCGCCUUUCAACAUUACAGUACGAUACAAGCUGAUGAAACAGUUUGAGGAGGUCUUUUUCAGAAUCCUCGACUUAGAAAAACAUGAACCAGGCAUUGUGAAGAAAGUUGAAGGGCUUUCAGAAGACACUUACCAUCUGUGCCCUUCAGGUAGAGCCUUGUAUGAUGCUAUAGAGGCUUUCCGUGCAUACCAGCUGAAGCAUCCACGCUGGUUUGAAGAGGAGCUACUGGAAAGCUCAGAAUUGGAGUUUGAGGAGACGUCAUAUGAAAUCUAUAAAAGCCCUCCCAUAUACCCAAACUUUAAAACAGAUUAUGUUCUUCACCCAGCCCAAGUUAUCAGUCAUCACGUGCAGACAAGUGACAACUUCACCACAGAUGAAACAAAACUUUAUCUGUCAGAAAAUCUUCAAGUGUUCUCUUCAAUGCACUUCCACCCACUAAUUGUUCAGAACUCUUGACCGUCCUUCUAUCCAUUUUCUUAACCUCGUAUCCAACUUAGGGUGGCAGAGGGGCUGGAGCCUAUCACAGCUAACACUGGCUGCAAGGCAGGUACACUGUGAAAUGUAACUAGUUCUCAGAACUUAAAAAAUUAUGGAAUCUCAUUGUCUUGGAAAAACUGAGUUAAGUUUAGAUGACUAAAGUAGGGCAACUUAUUCAUUGUGAAUACUCCUACGUUCCAGUCCAUCAUGGUAACAACACGGAGAAACUGACAACCACAAACUCUUAUAUUUACAUCUAUGACCAAGUUAGUAUCACCAGUUAAUCCAGCAAGAAUGUAUUUAGGCUAUAGUACAAAACAAAAGCACCCAGAGGACACCCACACAGGCACAGGCAGAGCAUGCAAGCUUCACACGGAAGGGCCUUCCGACUGAAUCUUCAUGCUGUGACCUUUUAGUGCUAACCACUGUACCACAAUGUAGUUCAUUUAACAAGUUAAAUAGAAUAGCAUUAAGACCUUGAGAUAUUUGUGAUAACCAUGUCUUUAUAUCUGCACGGGAGAACAGAAACUAAGUAGUACAUGUAUCAUUCCACUACAAACCAUAAAAACUGUAUUUUUAAAAGGACAUUUUGUACAUUUAUUUAAAAAUAUGCUUAUUUACUGUGUGUUAUACUAUAUUGUGCAUUAUCUGCUUGCUCUUUGUU